AUGACAGGUACGGAAAAUGAUGCAGACAAACUGGCAGAGCCGACGUUACUUACUAAGACCUUCCAUGGAGCUCCCCAAAUUCUUUUGAAGAGAUCACCCUUUUCUGCCAUAGAAGGCUGGACAGGAACCACAACUGUAAAAACUAAGUGCCCUGAAGAAAGUGUUUAAAAUCUCCAUGUGAAUAAUGCUACCAUGGGGUAUCUGAGCAACUCCUUAACUACCAAACUGAUAUCUGCUAUCUACAUCCUGGUGUUCACAGUAGGUGUGCCAGCCAAUACAGUGACCUUGUGGGUGCUCUUCAGGACCAGAUCCAUCUGAGCGACCAUCUUCUAUAUCAACCUGGCCAUUGCAGACUUUUUUUUCUGUGCCACACUGCCCUUUAUAAUAGCUUACCAUCUCAAUGGGCACAACUGGGUAUUUGGAGAGGUCUUGUGCCGGGCCACCACGGUUACCUUUUAUGGCAACAUGUACUGCUUCAUUCUGAUCCUUGCCUGCAUCGGCCUCAGCCGCUACCUAGCCACUGUCCAUCCUUUUACUUACCGGGUGCCGAGGCGUACCUAUGCCUUGAUAACGUGUGGAUUGGUGCGGGCAAUGGUUUUCUUAUACAUGCUGCCAUUUUUCAUCCUGAGGCAGGAGUAUUAUCUUGUCCACAGGGAUAUCACCACCUGCCAUGAUGUCCACAACAUAUGCGCAUCUUCAUCUCCCUUCCAACUCUACUACUUCAUCUCCUUGGCAUUCUUUGGAUUCUUAAUUCCAUUUGUGGUCAUUAUCUAUUGCUACACAGCCCUCAUUCGGAUGCUUAAUGUAUACAACAAUAGGUGGUUGUGGUAUGUGAAGGCGAGUCUCCUCAUUCUCAUGCUUUUUACCAUUUGCUUUGCUCCAAGCAAUAUUAUACUUAUUAUUCACCACGCCAACUACUGUUAUAACACCGAUGGUUUAUACUUUAUCUAUCUCAUAGCUUUAUGCCUGGGUAGUUUGAAUAGUUGCUUAGAUCCAUUCCUUUAUUUUCUCAUGUCAAAAGUCACAGAUCACUCCACUGCUUAUCUUACAAUAGUGAGAUCACCUUAG